AUGGAUGUGGACAGUCUGGAGAAGCGGAACAGGCUGGGAAGUGUGACUUGCGAGGGUGUCCUCCGCCGGCGUCCACGCCCUCAAGUGCGUCCUCCCCCGCCGUCCACGGCCUCAAGUGUGUCCUCAGCUGCCGUCCACGGCCUCAAGUGUGUCCUCCACAGGCGUCCACGGCCUCAAGUGUGUCCUCCACCGGCGUCCACGCCCUCAAGUGCGUCCUCCCCCGCCGUCCACGGCCUCAAGUGUGUCCUCCACAGGCGUCCACGGCCUCAAGUGUGUCCUCAGCUGCCGUCCACGGCCUCAAGUGUGUCCUCCACAGGCGUCCACGGCCUCAAGUGUGUCCUCCACAGGCGUCCACGGCCUCAAGUGUGUCCUCCACCGGCGUCCACGCCCUCAAGUGUGUCCUCAGCUGCCGUCCACGGCCUCAAGUGUGUCCUCCACCGGCGUCCACGGCCUCAAGUGUGUCCUCCACAGGCGUCCACGGCCUCAAGUGUGUCCUCCACCGGCGUCCACGGCCUCAAGUGUGUCCUCCACCGGCGUCCACGGCCUCAAGUGUGUCCUCCACAGGCGUCCACGGCCUCAAGUGUGUCCUCCACCGGCGUCCACGGCCUCAAGUGUGUCCUCCACCGGCGUCCACGGCCUCAAGUGUGUCCUCCACAGGCGUCCACGGCCUCAAGUGUGUCCUCCACCGGCGUCCACGGCCUCAAGUGUGUCCUCAGCUGCCGUCCACGGCCUCAAGUGUGUCCUCCACAGGCGUCCACGGCCUCAAGUGUGUCCUCCACAGGCGUCCACGGCCUCAAGUGUGUCCUCCACCGGCGUCCACGGCCUCAAGUGUGUCCUCCACGGCGUCCACGGCCUCAAGUGUUUCCUCCCCCGCCGUCAACGCCCUCAAGUGCUUCCUCCCCUGCCGUCCACGCCCUCAAGUGUGUCCUCCCCCUGCCGUCUACGCCCUCAAGUGCGUCCUCCCCCGCCGUCCACGCCCACAAGUGCGUCCUCCCCCGCCGUCCUCGCCCUCAAGUGGUUCCUCCCCCGCCGUCCCCCCCCCCUCCAAGUCCAGGAGGACUUACCUCCCAAGUCCAGGAGGUAAUGAACAAAAGUCCAGGAGGACUUACCUCCCAAGUCCAGGAGGUAAUGAACAAAAGUUCAGGAGGACUUACCUCCCAAGUCCAGGAGGUAAUGAACAAAAGUCCAGGAGGACUUACCUCCCAAGUCCAGGAGGUAAUGAACAAAAGUCCAGGAGGACUUACCUCCCAAGUCCAGGAGGUAAUGAACAAAAGUCCAGGAGGACUUACCUCCCAAGUCCAGGAGGUAAUGAACAAAAGUUCAGGAGGACUUACCUCCCAAGUCCAGGAGGUAAUGAACAAAAGUCCAGGAGGACUUACCUCCCAAGUCCAGGAGGUAAUUUCUCGAGACACCGUUGGUCUUGUUAACUAUUAA